AUGGCGAUUGACCAAACUUUGAGUGAGGUACCAGUAAACCUGUGCAGAUUAAAGGAGGACAUGAAAGAGUUUGAGCAGUUUUUAAGAAAAGUGGACAAUAUUCAAACAGAAAUAGAGUGUGAAUUAGAUGAAAAAGAAUUGGCAGCUGAGAUCGAUUCGCACGGUGCGUGGCGGGACGCAGUUAAGAAGUCGUACCGUACAGCACAGGAACUUUUAGAAGCACACGUGCAUAAAAAGGAGCCUAGUGUUGGUGCGAGUACAAAAGUAGUUAAAACUGUGAGUUCCUGUCAGGCAAAACUACCUAAGUUGGAACUACCACGUUUCUCUGGAGUGCUGACAGAAUGGCAGGCAUUCUAUGAAAAGUUUGUGACAAUAGUACAUGACAAUAGAGACAUUCCUGUCGUAACAAAAUUCGCAUACCUGACCUCUCUUCUAGAGGGGGAGGCGAAGUCAGUGGUGACAGGUCUGAGCAUCACAAAAGAUAACUAUAGUGCUGCUAUCGAGCUCCUGAGGGAGCGAUUUGGCAAUAGGGAUCGACUGAUAUUUUCCCAUAUCCAAGCCUUGCUGAAUGUUUCGCUACCGUCUCCGACUGUUCGAGGUUUGUGGUCCCUACAGGACACAAUACAGACACAUGUUAGAAAUUUGGAGUCCCUCGGUGUCAAUGGGGGAACGUAUGGUCUGUUUCUCACGCCACUCAUCUUGUCUAGACUGCCCAAUGAUAUCAGAAUGGAGUGGGCUCGAAAUGGUGCUGGGAAAGAGAGCGACUUGAUUGGUCUUUUGGAAUUUCUUAAAUUGGAAAUUCAACGUCGUGAACGAGCAGAGACAUUCAAAGACAUGAAUUUAUCAGCACAACCGAGUGCAUGUGCAUCGCCUUCGUUGAGCAAGCAGACAGUUAAGCAACGAGUUCCUACUGCCUCAGCAAUGUUCAGCAGUGGGGAGAAUUCGAAUAGUGACAGUAACAACUGUGUGUUUUGUUCCAAAAAACAUCCGUCUGAUAAAUGCUGGGAUGUGAAGAAAAUAUCGCUUAGUGAACGCCACAAGUUGAUCAAGGACAGUGGAGCGUGUUUUCGCUGCCUUUUGAGAGGUCACCUGGCAAGAAGUUGCAUGACCAGAUGUAGGGCUUGCAAAGGCAAGCACAAUGAACUUCUGUGUGAUCCGAGUAGGAGAGCUGCUCAGAAGAAUCCCUCCAAUUCAGGUCAGUCUGGGGCUGCAGAUCGGAACUCCAUGAAACCGGUCACAUCGCAUGUAGGUGUGUCCUGUUCUACCGCGGGGGUUUUGACUGUACCCCAGGUUGCCCGCGUCCUCGUUAAAGGCGAGAGGGGUUCAGCUGAAGCAACUGUUAUGUUCGACUCUGGGUCUGAUACCUCAUGUGUUUGUUCUGAAUUUGUAGAGAAAAUCGGUCCUAAGUGGGUGACUGCCAAAAACAUGUCCUUUGCAGCCUUUGGUGCAAGUUCUUCAUCAGCCAGUAAGGUACAUAAUGUAUACAGCCUGGAUAUGCAGGCAAAUGACGGUGUCACAAGAUCACUUAAUGUUGUCAAAGUGAAAGCGAUUAGUCCACCUAUGGAACGACCAAGGGUACCAAACCACUUAUUGAAAUCACUUGGUCAUCUGAACAUAGCAGAUGACUACAACACGGAUAAAAAAGUCACAGUUGACAUCUUGAUUGGCCUUGACAUGUAUUGGAAAUUUGUUAAACAGGGUUUCAUACAGGUCACCACUGGUCUUGUAGCUCAAGACACCAUCUUUGGGUGGGUAUUGUCUGGGUCUUACUCAAAUGGUCUGAGUGAGACACCAAGCCAGUCAACUGCUAUGGUCAGUCAUGUUAGUGUUAGUCAUAAUUUACUGAUUUUGUCAGAUAUUCCAGACGCGACGCUCUCCAAGUUUUGGGACCUAGAGUCCAUUGGUGUGACCGAUAACGGAGAGUCGAGUCUUGGAACAGAUAUGAUAAUCAUGAAACAAUUCACUGAAACGGUUGAGUUCAAAGAUGAUAGGUAUGUAGUUAGACUUCCAUGGAAAGAAGGUGCUAAGCCAUCGCUGCUGAAUAAUAGAAAUUUGGCAGAAGGCCGGUUACAAAGUUUAAACUGUAAACUCUCUAAGAACCCAGUGUUAAGGGGUCGGUAUGAUGAAGCCUUGGUCGAACUAGAGACUCUUGGAAUCGUUCAGGAAGUACCUCCGACAGAAAUUGUACCAAAUGAUGAGCGCCCCGUAUUUUAUCUACCCCAUUUCCCAGUCAUAAAAGAGUCAAAGUUGACUACCAAAAUUCGACCUGUGUUUGACGCCUCAGCUAAGGGGGCUAACGGAGUGUCACUGAAUGAUUGCAUUGAGUCAGGACCCAACUUGUUGCCAGGUCUAUUAGACAUUCUAAUCAGAUUCAGACGAUGGCGGGUGGCGAUGACCAGUGACAUCACCAAAGCUUUCCUACAGAUUGCCGUCAACAAGGAAGAUCAGGAUGUCCAUCACUUCCUGUGGACAAAAGAUGGGAAAGAUAGGGUGAUGAAAUUCUUGCGUGUCCCAAGUGGCAAUACAGUCAGUCCAUUUCUCUUAAAUGCCACCAUCCGCCACCAUCUGUCUCAGUACUCUGAUUCUGAAACCUCUACUGCUGUCGAGGAACUGAAGGAAAAUUUGUAUGUUGAUGAUUGGAUCACUGGGGCUGAUUAUGAAGAUGAGACUUGUGAGUUGUUUCGUAAUGGUCAAAAGAUUCUAAAAGAAGGUAGUCUGUCAUUGGCAAAGUGCAACUCUAACAAUGAGGUAAUCAAAGACAUGUUCAUACAUGAGUUUGAUUCUCACUCUGGUACUGUAUCAACAAAGAUACUUGGGUUGAAGUGGUUGAAAACAGAAGACUGUUUUGCAUUUGAUGGAGUGGACAUCCCUACACAGAUUGUCACAACCAAAAGAGUUGUUUUGAGCUUCAUAGCGAGGUUGUUUGACCCGUUUGGUUUCUUGUCACCCUACAUCAUGUAUCUCAAAAUUUUGUUGCAAGAAAUAUGGUUGUUGAAACUGGAUUGGGAUGACAAUGUUCCAGCCCCACUUCAUGAUAGGUUUAUGAGAUGGGUGCAAGCUUUGACUGAGGUACAACAGUGGAGAAUUCCAAGACGCUACGGCUUGUCAUUGUGGUCAAAUUUGACUGGAGUUGAGGUUCAUGGGUUUGGUGAUGCCUCAGAACAAGGUUACGGAGCUGUGGUAUACCUGCGCAUUCCCUGUUCAGAUGGCAGCUAUGAUGUUUCACUAGUCACAUCCAGGGCUAGAGUUACACCAGUAAAAAAGGUUUCACUCCCAAGAUUAGAAUUGCUUGGUGCUCUGUUGUGUGCUCGUGUGGUCAGCUUCGUGCUGAAAGCCUUGAAACUUCCAUCUGACACAAUGUGUAGGUAUUGGACAGACUCUACUGUAGCUCUAGGUUGGAUUAAAGGUAAACAUUCUCGUUGGAAAACUUUCGUUGCUAACCGAGUUCUUGAAAUUCAAGAACUGACAGAUGUUGAACAGUGGUCUCACUGCCCUGGUAGAGGGAACCCAGCAGAUAUCAUGACUAGAGGUGUUCUUGCAGGAGAAUUGGUCUCCUCCAAACAGUGGUCGGCGGGACCUAGUUGGCUAGCUGGAUCAUUAGUACUGGGCAAAGACAAAGUGAUGUUUGAUCAGGUAGAGCGGUUCCUUCAGCCAGAAACUGUGGCCAUUGUAAAUGUAGCUAGAGUGUGGUUGCCAGAAAUUGUUCUCAACGUUGAGAGAUGGGGUACACUUGAGAAAGCAAUUAGAAUCACUGCUUGGGUCGUGAGAGUACUCCAAAACAUGGAUAAAACAAAGCAACAUGUCUCUAGAAAAUUGUCCUUACAAGAGUGUGCAACGGCAAAACAGAUAUUGUUGAAACACGUGCUGAGUGUGGCAUAUAGUGCUGAGAUUGAAGCCCUGAAACAGGGAAAGUCUGUAGGAAAAUCAUCACCAUUGUUAAAGUUAAAUCCAGCCAUUGGAAAAGAUGGGUUAGUUAGGAUUGGUGGUCAGGGUAAGGCAGGGAAAACUGACACAGCAACUGGUGCACAGAGCACUCAUAAUACCAGUAACCAACUAAAAGACAAGGCUGUGAAGACACGUCUGGGGAGAGUGAUCAAACCCAAAAAGAGAUUGGAUGUGUAG